CGGACAUGGAGGCCCGAGGUGGGGGGCAGCGCUAGACUAUACCACAUUUGAACAUCCUUUCAUCCCUCACAGCAUCACAUAAAACCACAGGUCGUGAAAGAACAAAGCGGCUCUAUCCGGCGUACCGGGCCCCGUUGACCUGUUGGGCAACGCAACGUCAAUUCAACCUUGAUCGCAUCAAAACCCUGGUGGGUAUCACAAGUCGCUAUGCCUCCUGGAUCCAUUCCUCAGUCUACUCCAAGAUCCCCUGAUGGCUCCAAUGGAGAGGACGAUAGAAAGCAAGCUGGCCGUGCCUGCGAUUAUUGUCAUCGGAUGAAGAUGAAGUGUCUGGGUAAAGAGAAUCCACCUUGCAAUCGAUGCAGAGCCUCCGGACAUGUGUGUACAUUCGAUGGCCCGCGCAAGACAAAAUCAUCCAAGGUCGACGACCGUCUCAAAGUGGUGGAAUCUCAGAUGUUGGCCAUGUCAUCUGCUUUGCAAGAGCUGAUCCAGCUACAAAAAGCGUCUCUGACCCCGGCAGCUCCUGAGCCAGUAUCGACCCGGCCCGCUCGGGGUAGACUGCGAACCGAAGGAUCUCCUCGAAUCCUUCCUCAGUACCCUCCAAGCAGCACUACCAAUACCGAUGAUGAGCUCGCCAAAAAAGUCCUCAGCUCCCGAGCCAUCAGCCCCUGGAACAGUAUGGCCAGCCUGGCGGAAGCUGCAAGAUUAAAGUACGAUGAUGGAUCCCCUUCGCCAAUGAAGAAACGGAAAAACAAACACGACGAAUUGCAUGAGCUCUCAAAGCGACACUCCUUGACCGGUCAUGAGGGACCUAGAGAGCCUCCCGACCCCAUUGAUCUGGGCAUCUGUGACGAGGCAACGGCACGAAGGAUGUAUGAUCUGUUCAUGGAAAAUUGUCUCGUUUACAUGCCUUGCUUUGAUCCAGUCUUUGAUACGUUUGAGAGUCUGCGUCGUCGUUCCGCAUUCUGCAUUACUGUUUUAGUCAUGAUUGGGGCCAAGACCACCGACGCUGGCGGACCCAUGUCGGAGCUACAACGACGAUGCAUAGAUCAUGCCGAAAGGAUCGGAAUGUCGACUCUGUUCACCCCCAUUGCAUCGAUGGAAACGGUUCAAGCUAUGGUAGUCAUGGCAUCAUGGGGUGACACAUCUUGGAGACCAGGGGGUCAUGCUACGCGAAUGGCCAUGGACCUCGGAUUGUACCGGUGUCUCCCGCUCCUGGUUCAAAGCGGAAUGGGCAAGGGAAAGUCGGGCCAAGAAUUGAGAGCAGAAUGGCCUCUUGUUGAGGGCGCUCGGGUGUGGAUGACACUGUACAAACUUGAACAAGAAAUGGCGUUCAAUCUCGGUCGACCGUGUAUGAUCGGCGGGACCGAAUCGAUCCAAUAUUGUCGAGAGCUCCUCAAACAUCCCCUUUCGGUCCAGCGUGAUGCUCGACUCGUCGCUGCGUGUGAAUUGUUAACCUACAGAAUCCCUUUACACAACCCUUACGCCUUCACGGCGGCUGAGGCUGCGCUCAUCCCCGACCUUGAUGCCAAGCUUGAGCGACACGAAAAAGACAUCGCCGAUUGGCAGGCGUACUGGGAUCGAUACUACGCUGAACGUGGUAUAGGUGAAAAGGAAUUUCUCAGGCAAGCCCUCGCAACGAACCGAGCUGGAUCACAACUCAAUAUCAACACGCGACUCUUGCACGGCGUCCACAGCCCAUCUGAUGUGGCGAACCUGCCACCUCAUCGCAGGGAACUCCUCAUCAUUGCCUUCAAAGCGGCUCAAACCAUCGUCUCAAUGGCGUUACGAAGCGGACAGUACAAAAAGAAUUUCAGAUAUGCCAAUUUGUAUACUCAUCUCAAUGUUGCUUUCGCCGCUCGGUGCUUGAUCCGGUUGACAAGCCUUGUUCCCGAGGUUGUAGACGUCCGACAACUAGGCAAGGACCUAGAAGGAAUCGCGCAUGCUUUGACUCAAGUACCUGGUUUCCAAUAUGCCGAACUCUUGCGCCAAGUCGUACUCAAAGCUCGUCGGGAGAACAUCUUGCCUCCCGCCUCGCCACCACGCGAGACGUCACCUGACAUGACCGCUAUGCAAUUUGGAGCUCCAGCAAUGCAGCAGCUGCCAGCGGAUAUGGGAUUCCUAGACUUCAAUUAUGCCGAGCAGCUAUUGAAUGAUCAGCCUGCUUCCGUGAUUCCUCAAGGCAUUUACGCCCAACACGAUGCGCCCAAGACGUAUACGGGUACAGCCCCCAUGGAUCAGUCCUACAAUCUCGACACAUGGUUCCCGUUCCCGCCAUUGGAUCCUAGCCAAUUCGAAGCUCCCAUCGAUCAGAUAGGCAGAGACAGCAUACCUGGUUAUGGGAUGGAAGGAUCGACAAAUGGUCAACAGUGGUGGUCUUGAUUUCAUAUAGAAGCGGUCGGUCCUCCUCCUGGUUUCUAUCGUUGAAUAUCUCAUGUAAAAUAUCUCAAUGCUGUAUGCAACGGUAAUUGGUUAUGGG